AAAUUUCGAGUUGGUCACACUGGCGUCUGUGUUAGUUAAUGGCGGACUGGUUGUGAUUGUGAUUGUUUGUGAAGAAAAUUAGGCUGUCUCGCUAAAACCCAAAUAAAUAUUGUUUAUUUAUUAAUUAUCUAUUUACCGUUGUUAUUAGUUUCAUACGAUGUCGGACACGAGCGACUUGGAUCGCCAGAUAGAACAGUUGAAGAGAUGCGAAAUAAUAAUGGAGGCAGAGGUUAAAGCGCUCUGCGCGAAAGCCAGGGAAAUCCUUGUCGAAGAAAGCAACGUUCAACGUGUGGAUUCACCCGUUACGGUCUGCGGAGAUAUACAUGGCCAGUUUUAUGAUCUGAAGGAGUUGUUCAAAGUGGGUGGUGAUGUUCCUGAAACCAAUUAUUUAUUUAUGGGUGACUUUGUCGAUAGAGGGUUUUAUUCUGUAGAAACAUUUUUAUUACUACUUGCUUUAAAGGUACGAUAUCCUGAUCGCAUCACACUUAUUCGUGGCAACCAUGAAUCCAGACAGAUCACACAAGUAUACGGUUUCUACGACGAGUGCUUACGGAAAUAUGGUUCAAUUACUGUUUGGAGAUAUUGCACAGAGAUAUUCGACUACCUAUCACUGUCAGCCAUCAUCGACGGGCGGAUAUUCUGCGUUCACGGUGGACUCAGCCCGUCCAUACAGACCUUGGAUCAGAUCCGCACUAUAGACCGCAAACAGGAGGUUCCACAUGACGGACCAAUGUGUGAUUUGCUGUGGAGCGACCCGGAAGACACACAAGGCUGGGGCGUAUCGCCUCGAGGCGCAGGCUACCUUUUCGGUUCUGAUGUAGUGGCUCAGUUCAACGUUUCCAACGAUAUUGACAUGAUCUGUCGCGCCCACCAGCUCGUCAUGGAAGGGUACAAGUGGCACUUCAACGAGACUGUUCUUACUGUGUGGUCAGCUCCUAACUACUGUUAUAGAUGCGGCAAUGUAGCAGCAAUAUUAGAACUAAACGAGAAUCUGCAACGAGAGUUCACAAUAUUCGAAGCGGCCCCACAAGAAUCCCGAGGAGUGCCCUCAAAGAAACCCCAAGCGGACUACUUUUUAUAAUGUUCCAUACAAUAGACAAUUUGAAAAAGAAUCGACGCGUUCUAGUAUUACAGAUUUUUAACGUAGUGACAAAACAUUUCGAUUUAGUACUGGCCGAUUAACCAAAAAAAUUCUGAUUGAAGUUCCAUUUUCAAAAGGUGAAAUGGUAAUGGCCAGUUAUGUUGACCAAUGACAAAAAGCCGUCAUUUCAAUGUGGGAAUAUUUUAUUGUGAUUUUAAGACUGGUAAGUGUAGCAAGUUUGAAUGUGUUUAUUGUACAAUUUUUUUGUGUGUUUCUCAACAAGUUGGGCAAAAAUGUGACCAAUUUUGAGCGGCGAGAUUGUAUUUAGUGUUGUUGGUUUAAUGGUCAACAGAAAGUGAUAAUGCUAUUAAUUUCGCCUCUCCCAUUCUUCUGAAGACAUGUUUUAUAGUGUGUCAGUGGAGCCUUGCAAACACCUGUACGAAGUUGAUUAGGGUGUUGAGUUUUCUUAAUUCUGAGUUACAUAGAAUUUAAAUUUGUAUUCAAUUAGGGUCAAACCCAAUAUAUAAUCAUUGUCCAAUUUCAUUGUAAAAUAAUUAAGUCUACUAUAUUGAGCGAUAUACUAAAGGUUUUUGAGAGUCUUGGAGUGUGGUCAUUUUUCUCAUCUUUACUUAAAAUAAAUAUAGGAUUUUUGUUUUAAGUUAUUUUACCUUGUUCAAUAUUUCUUAAAGGGUAUUGUUUUGACACACCAAAUUUUUUGCAUUGACUUUUUUUAAAGUUAAUAUGAUGUUCCUUGUGGUUAAUUUAUUUCUAAAUUAGGGUUGGAACAAUUCCCUUUUUCACAAGUUCAAUAUAAAUCUAAUUUGAUAUGUUGUAAAAUACUAAAUAUUCCUAAGCUUGGUAUUGAUUUAAUUUUUGGGUUAUGAAGAUUAGACAAUGGUUUCCCUGUGUGAACCAGUACCAAUGUCAGGCUCUGAAGUAACUCUGUUAAUGAUGCAACCAGGAAUACACUAUGAUAAUUCUUAUAAAUAAUGUAAUUUAGUGGAAAGAUGUAGUCUCUGCCUAGCCUUCCGAUAAGAGGCGUGGUUGUAUGUAAUGUAAUUUAGAACAAGAUAGAUUGUAUAAUUUAUGUGUUUUGUAAAAUUUGAGAUUAAGCAAACUUUCUUUCCUCUUAUAUGACAGUUAAUCUCCUAAAAGAUUAUUGAACUUAGAUUAAUAGUAAUAUCAAAAUUAUUAAUGUAUCUUGAUACUUUCUGAAUAAUGAUCAAAAUGCUCUAGACCAAAAACGUGUUGAAUUAAUAUAGGCAUUCUUAAUAACUCAGUAAGUAGUUUUAGAAAGUUAAAAACAAUAAUGCUAAUUUACUUGUCUGAAUUUUUUAAAUUAGUGAAUCGUUAAUCGGACAUCUUUAAUUAGUGAAAUAAAACAAGUGCUUUACUUAUAUCACUGCCUGACCACUCUCUUAGGCGCUGUUAUAUGUGGUAUAGUUUUUAACAAAUAUGUAGGCCCUGUUUAUUGCAAUGAUGAAGUAAGCCCUAAAAAUUAGUCGUAAGUGUUAGUGUGAAAAUAAAUGUCAUCUUACAAUAUAAUUGUGUAAGAUUUCUAGUAGAGUUUUAAGUUGAAAUGAUUAACUAGACACAGAUGUGGCAUGAUAACAAUAUUUGUCUGUCAAAACUAUACCACAUAUCGUUUUUGUAUUGUUUAUGCUGAUAUUUCUGAUCGUAUGUUAAGACUUGACAAGAAAACAUGUGACACAAAGAACAAUGAGUAGAUUAUGGACAUUUUCAAUAGUAAUAAUUAUUACAUACAAAUAUGGUCAUCUGAACACUGCCGUAGUGUAAAAUAAAUAAAGAAUAGUGUUGAACCAUUAUUUUGUGUUAGCAUUUAAAAUCAUGUACCUAAGGUCAAAACAAAAAGAGUUUUGCUUUUUUUUGAUGUCGUCUGGUAAAUUCGUGUGCCACAUAUGACUUCAGUAAGUGCCCUGAACGUAAUUUGAUCUAUGUACUACACCUGCAUCCCAUGCUUGUACAUCUUUUACAACUUUUGUAGGUGACUACAGUACAGCCACCAGAAGGGAGACCUACCUUAAGGGGUUUCUCUGCAGUUGAGUACACAUAAAUUUUUGGGUCGAAUUACAACGUACAUUCUGCAUUAAAAAUGAUACAUGACGGACAUUCUGCAAUGCCGUCCUUGUCCUAUCGAUAGUGAAGGACGAAUAAUGUAAUUUUUGGUUGGAUUUGUCGCACACUAAUUUGCUAAAUUAUAAUUGCAUUUUUGAUUGUGUAUAUAAAAAAAAAGUAUUGGCCUAUUUGAUAAGUCAGCACUAUAAUUCUAAACUGUUCAAAAAGUAGUGUUAAAUAAGUGUUCAUUAUAGAUAAAUUUAAUAAUUGCUGGAUAAUCAAGAUGGUGGAUUAAUUUUUCUGUAAAUUGACAGAAAACAAUGAUCAAAAUGUACACAUUUUGAUCUCAUUCAUCUUUUUUGUUUUCUAUGAUAAGAAAUUCAUUUCUCUGAAAUUCAUGAAGUUCAAGACUUGCGCAUAACUAUAUUUUGGACAAUGAAUCUGAAUUUUGCCUAUUAACCUUAUAUCUCACCUCGUUGUUUGAACUAUUCCUCAAUGAAGUAAAUGUAAACUAAAUAUUUAUGUGAAGGAUUACUUCAAAAAAUGUUGACCAUUUUGUAUUCCUACUUUCUUUUUUUUAUACAAUUAUUAAAAUGAAAUGCCAUUGUCAA